AUGGUCUCAUCAGCUAAUUCUGCUUCAUCUCCUACUUCUAAGGAAGUACCAAUUGAUGUAGAAAGAUUAGAAGAAGAAAACCCACCAACCCACGAAGCCAAAUGGUGGUACUCUGCUUUCCACACAGUGGCUGCCAUGUUCUGCCCAGGUGUUCUCAGUCUUCCUUAUGCCAUGGCGUACUUGGGCUGGGGACCGGGAAUAGUGGUGAUGGUGGUGUCAUGGUGUGUCACCUUGAACACAAUGUGGCAAAUGAUACAACUCCACGAGUGUGUCCCAGGUACCCGUUUCAACCGUUACUACCACCUUGGACGGCACGCGUUUGGUCCAAGGUUGGGUCCGUGGAUUGUCUUGCCCCAACAGUUGAUUGUGCAAACAGGGUGUGACAUAGUCUACAUUGUGACUGGUGGGACAUCUCUCAAGAAGUUCAUGGAGAUAGCUUGCAUUAGUUGUGGAAGGAUCAGACAGUCUUAUUGGAUUCUUAUAUUUGGUGGAAUCCAUUUUUUUGUCUCUCAGCUUCCCAAUUUCAAUGCUGUCUCUGGUGUCUCUUUUGCAGCAGCAAUUAUGUCUAUCAGGUAA